AUGGUUGUCCAGAACACCAACAACACAAUUUCGUCUCAACCAGGAACUGCAUGGAACAGUAAAUGUUUAGUUAACGCGGAGAAAGAAAAAGAGUUUUUGGAUUUGUUCCCUGUGGUCGUGAACGACUUAACGAAUAACACUAUAGACCCACAUUUUGCUGAAGCAAAUACACGCUACGACGAACUUCUUCGUUAUCUCACCCCCUUUGGUAAAAAAUUGAGGGCUUUCAUUACAUUCAUAGCUUACGAAGUUCUUGAAAAACCAGAGAAUGUUACACCGGAAAAUCGUAAAUUAGCAAUGAUCAUGGCUUGGGCUUUGGAAUUGCGGGAUGUAAAACCUCCGCUUGGGGUAGAGAUUUGGGAAUGCGGAGAAGAAAAUCUAGAAUUGGAAACACGCAGAUUCUUGAACAGCAUAGCAGCUGUGCUUGAACUGCACUCGGCUUCUCUUAUAGCUGACGACAUCAUUGACGAAGGGGUAAUGCGACGGGGCUCCUUCUGCUGGCACAGAAAAGAAAAUAUCGGCUUCAAAGCAACUAAUGAUGCACUGCUUCUUGAACAAGGAACUUACAUAUUACUCAGAAAAUAUUUUAAAAAUCAUCACUGUUAUCUACCCUCGAUGCUGUUGUUCCAUGACAUUACUCUGAGAAUUGGUAUGGGACAAGCAGCGGAUUGCAUGUCUGUCAAGGACGGCAAAUCCCAACUACAACUUUUCACGAUGGACAGAUUUAAAUGUAUUGCUGAACACAAAACAGGAUUUUACACUUUUUAUUUACCAAUAGCUUUAGCUAUGUAUAUGGCAAACAUAUAUGAUAUGGAACUCCACAGAAAGUCGGAAGAUUUGUCUAAAGAUUUGACAUUUCUGUAUCAGGUACAGGAUGACUUCAUGGACUGUUAUGGUAACCCAGAAACAAGUGGUAAAAAGGGAACAAACAUUCAAGAAGGUAAAUGUACAUGGCUGGCUGUAAUGGCAAUGAAAAAAGCAAAUCAUUAUCAGAUAGAAACGUUGAAACAGUGUUAUGGUUCCAAAGAUCCUGAAGCAUCUGACUCAUCGGCCGCGCGGAUACAAGCGGAUGCCGCGACGGGCCCAGAAGAGGUCUCGAAGCUGCGCUCAAAAAGCCUGGAAGUGGAAGUCGCGAAUACCCAAUUCGAGAAAGAGCUGGAUCGCCGAAAUAUGGAUUAA